CAGGAGGGGGCGAAUGAGACGAUGGACGCAGCCUAUGAGGAGAGACAGCUGGAGGAUGGGUUUUAUGAUGCUUGAUGUUAGGAAUGGAUUCGUGCCGAGCGGGAGCACAAAACCGCUCUGGUGAUGAGACCAAAAGCCCAGCGACACAGAUACCUCAUCCAAAUCCGAUUAAUAGCUAGAUCCGGAGUCUGACGGCGUUCUGCACCCGGGUGUGAAACUCUGUGGUCCUUCCGGAGCUUCAGGUGAGUCCGAGCAGCAGCAGCAGGGAGGAUGGGUGGUGGAGGACAGCAGACCGAGCCUGCAGAGCCGGGCAGCGGGAAGGCUGCAGGUGUUUACACCUGGGAGGACGUGCAGAAGCACCGCAGCAGGAACGACCAGUGGCUGGUGGUCAACCGGAAGGUUUACAACAUCAGCCAGUGGGUCAAAAGGCAUCCCGGAGGGAUCCGGAUCAUCAGCCACUAUGCUGGAGAGGAUGCAACGGAGGCUUUCACUGCAUUUCAUCCAGAUCUGAAGCAUGUGCAGAAGUUUCUGAAGCCUCUACUGGUUGGAGACCUGGCAGCGACAGAGCCAAGUCAGGACGGGGAAAAAAAUGCUGCGAUCGUAAAGGAUUUUGAGUCUUUACGAGCAGAGGUGGAGAAUGAAGGCCUUUUUCACACUAAGCCUUUAUUCUUCUGCCUCCAUCUGGGUCACAUCCUGCUGCUGGAGGCCCUGGCCUGGCUGAUGGUCACGUCCUGUGGCACGAGCUGGACGAUGACAUUACUGUGUGCAGUGAUGCUGGCAACAUCUCAAGCACAGGCUGGAUGGCUGCAGCAUGACUUUGGUCACCUUUCUGUCUUCAAGAAGUCCAAGUGGAACCACCUAGCUCACAAGUUUGUCAUUGGACAUUUAAAGGGAGCUUCAGCUAACUGGUGGAACCACCGACAUUUCCAGCAUCAUGCCAAACCAAACAUCUUCAAGAAAGACCCUGAUGUCAACAUGUUGGACGUCUUCGUACUUGGAAACACUCAACCAGUGGAGUACGGCAUUAAGAAGAUCAAACACAUGCCCUACAAUCACCAGCACAAAUACUUUUUUCUCGUGGGACCUCCGCUGCUCAUCCCCAUUUACUUUCACAUGCAGAUAAUGAAGACCAUGAUUACUCGCCGCGACUGGGUGGAUUUGGCUUGGUCCUUCUCGUACUACUUCCGCUACUUCUACUGUUAUACCCCUCUGUAUGGCUUUCUUGGCUCGUUGGCACUCAUGACAUUUGUCAGGUUUUUAGAGAGUCACUGGUUUGUGUGGGUAACUCAGAUGAACCACCUACCGAUGGAGAUUCAAUAUGAGAAGAAUCAAGACUGGCUGACCAUGCAGUUACAAGCCACAUGUAACAUUGAGCAGUCCCUUUUCAACGACUGGUUCAGCGGACACCUCAACUUCCAAAUCGAACACCAUCUCUUUCCCAUGAUGCCUCGCCACAACUAUCACGUGGUGGCCCAGCGGGUUCGUGCGCUGUGUGAGAAGCACGGAGUGCCUUAUGAAACCAAAUCUUUGUGCCGAGGAAUGGUUGAUGUUGUCAGUUCACUGAAAACUUCGGGGGAACUGUGGCUUGAUGCAUACCUCCAUAAAUGAUGAAAUGUAUAUAAAUGGAUGGAGAUUUUUCUCCAUCUUGCAUCACAAUCUGAUUGUAUCCGUGUUGCUGAGAAUCCAAUUAAAACUCUGAUUUGUUGGUGUUAAAAUUAUAACUUUGUUUGUUUGUUUUUUCCCAACAGGGUGCUACAUUUAUAGGGCAUUUAUUAGUUGUUGUUGUUUUUGAUUAACAGUAGUGAAAUGUUCUAGGUGAACCUUAAUGUAAAUAAUUGUAUUUUAUUGUGAAAGAGCAAUGUAAGAAAAGUUGAUUUUUUUAAUCUGAAUAACAUAAAAAUAUUUUAUCAAACAUACAAUUUUAAUUUUCUUCUGUCAGACUUUCAUCUGUGACUUUAUUUGAUCUUCAAAUAAACAGUAAAAUGCUGA